CAGGUGACACCAAAUGAUCUGUCCCAUAUGAGAUCUUUCCGAAAGCACGAGAAUGUGUUGCAUCUCCAAAUGGCUUGUCAGAAGGAGCUGGGCAGCAGAAUGACUGGAAAGCCUGUGCAAUCUGAAGACAGCUGCGCGCCUUGGGAAGACGGAGAGCUGUCGUCUUUUCGACAACGCAAAUCUGGACUCAUGAGGCUCAGGCGCCGAUCGACUGGCUCGUUGCACUGCGUACAUCAGCGGGUUCCCUUGCGGGGAGUCAUACCGGGCUGUCAGUAUGCGCUACACCCGCGGCUUUGUGCAGCUACAUCAUGCAGCCGCACCAACAUUUGCAUACUGUGAUGCCACACCAACCUGGCUGUCGGAAGUGGCCCAGGAACGGUCUGCUGCGACUGCCAAUGUACAGGUAUCUCAGCAAACGCCACGGCUUCCAAUUUCUGCCUGAUUCCGUCAUCCCUUGAGCAGUCUAUCGCCCAUCGACAAUUUGACAACGAUCAAGGCCAUUUUCCGAAGCAAGAUGUGUGUGAUAGCUGCAGGAACUCGCGCUACGUCAACAUCGCAAGUGGAAAGUCGCAUUGAUUGCGUUUCGGUCUUGCUCACACAAUCCCGACAGGAGGCUCGUCGAUGGUUCCGCAGAACAUGUCAAACAAGUAUAAGAAAUAGCAUUUGUGCACAGCUGUCUUUCCGUUGCACGCUCCGUCCUUUCGAGCAGUCAUUCGUUUCUUGCUGCUUUUGCCUUGCCGUACCUGCUCAUCAAGUCGCCAGCCGGU